UGUAUUUUUGGAUCACUUAAUACUUAGUUUUUAGGCUCAUGUAUAGUGUAUUUUUGGAUCACUUAAUACCUAUUUUUUAGGCCUAUGAACCAGGUCCGAAUAGUUGUUUGAGGAGAGGCGGGGGGGGGAUUUAGGUACCAUUUUACUUUUUCCAAUUUACAAUUUACAACGAUCAUAUAAAUGAACAAUCAAGAAAGUAUUGCUGAAGGCGAGCGUCUCAUUAUUCCUACAAGAGUAGAAGUAGCCCCAAGAAAUCCCUUAAUCGAGACACUCUUCAUAAAAUUGAACCAGUCCAAGAAUGAAGUAUCACUUAAGGAAGUUGAUGUCGAAGAUGUUGAUGACACAUUGAUUAAGGACAAGUUGACAUGUGGUAAAUGCCAUAAGACGUUCAACUCGAGAUCAUCCCUGAUCAAGCACUUGAAGGUCAAACACCAUAUUGCAAUCGUUGGUGUCAAGCAUGGGCGUCCUGACCAAGGUGGAAGGCUUGCAUACUAUAUCCGCCAGCAGCAAAAGAAGGCCGAUGGAAAUUCUGUUUUGAGAGUCGAUGAAAAAAAACUUAAGAAGCAAAUAAGGAAACAAAUUAGUUAUGAGGCGGUAAAAGCCAAGAAGAGAGCUGAGUGGGCUUUGUUGGAGAGUAAGGACCUUCUUGAAAACCUUAAGGUUUUAUGGGAUACGUCUGAUGGUGUAUGGAGACCAGAUUUUGCCUAUGUACAAUAUGUUGAAGAUGUCUCUCCCAUUUACCAAUUUCUCAUCACCAAAUUAUGUUUGGAAGAUUCAUAUGGAUUGAGGGUAACUAUUUCUUUGAGUAUUCUGGAAAUGAUGUUCGAACGUUUUCCCGGAGUGUUCGAGCAAAAUUUUGACAGGGAAAUUGUCCUGGAAGCUCUGACACCCUUGAAGUAUAAUCAAGGCAAUGAUAAAGAGCAGGAUAGUGUUCGUAUGAAUUUUGACUUUGCCAAAGCAGAUUGUGCAGAGAUGAAAAAAUUGCUGGAGGAUCGUCGAAACUGCAAGGAUAUUAACCGAGCCAGACUUGAUAUCAUGCACAAAUUAUGUUUUAUGAUACAAGUUCACUUUGGGGCUUACGAUUUUGAUUUUAAUAUCGUAAAAAUUCGAUCCGGUCUUUUCUGUUCUUUGUUUGCUUCCGCCUCAUUUGAUUUUCAAUAA